UCUUGUGUCGUACAUCACGUUUUCAGUAUCCACGGGGCUUGUGGAUCCAGGUAGGUUGUUCGCACUUCGCGGGUCCUAGUAAGACCGGAGCGUCUAUAUAAAGGACCGAACGAGUCAACUUGCCCUCAUUCAGCACCAUGUCUUCAGACUCUUCUCCGCCCCCAAAUCUCCCAAUCCCUUGGCCAGAAGGAGUAGAGAUAUCAACCCACACCGGUGGUUGUCAUUGCAAGAAGAUUCGGUUCGAGUUUGAAUACCCAGCGGACAUAUAUUCGCUGCCUGUUCCCGAAUGCAACUGUUCUAUUUGCGAGGACCGCGGGUCAAUGAAUGUGUACACUUGGGAAAACAAGUUCAGACUGACCAGUGGAUCGGAAGGGGACUUGUCAAUCUACAAGUUCCACGCCAAAAGAGUAAACCACAGAUCCUGCAAAGUUUGUGGGUCGUAUAUUGGUGCUCUUGUCCCGGUUCCUACGCCAGGACAUCCGGGCAUCAUCGUUGUCAACACCAGAACCAUCGACAACAUCGAGCUCAAGAAGUUUCAGCGCACGCCGGUUAAUGGGAGAGCAUGGUAA